GGGCCGGCGCGCGCCGGGAGGGAGAGCUGGGAUUUGGGCCGCGGCGGGAGCCGGAGUCGGCGUCACUCGAGUGCGCAGGCGCCUGGCGGUUACCGGUCUCGCCAUGGAGCGGAAAGUGCUCGCGCUCCAGGCCCGAAAGAAAAGGACCAAGGCCAAGAAGGACAAAGCCCAAAGGAAGCCUGAAACUCAGCACCGAGGCUCUGCACCGCACUCCGAGAGCGACAUCCCUGAUCAGGAGGAGGAGAUUCUGGGGUCUGACGAUGAUGAGCAGGAGGACCCCAAUGACUACUGUAAAGGAGGUUAUCAUCUUGUGAAAAUUGGAGAUCUAUUUAACGGGAGAUACCAUGUGAUUCGAAAAUUGGGCUGGGGACACUUUUCCACAGUGUGGUUAUCAUGGGAUAUUCAGGGAAAGAAGUUUGUAGCAAUGAAAGUAGUUAAAAGUGCCGAACAUUACACAGAAACAGCCCUAGAUGAGAUCCGGCUGCUGAGAUCGGUUCGCAACUCGGACCCGACUGAUCCAAAUGGAGAGAUGGUUGUUCAGCUACUGGAUGACUUUAAGAUAUCAGGCGUUAAUGGAACACAUAUCUGCAUGGUGUUUGAAGUUUUGGGGCAUCAUCUACUCAAGUGGAUCAUCAAAUCCAACUAUCAGGGGCUUCCACUGCCUUGUGUCAAAAAAAUUAUUCAGCAAGUGCUACAGGGUCUGGAUUAUUUACACACCAAGUGCCGGAUCAUCCACACUGACAUCAAACCAGAAAACAUCUUGUUGUCUGUGAAUGAGCAGUACAUUCGGAGGCUGGCUGCAGAGGCCACAGAGUGGCAACGGUCUGGAGCUCCCCCACCAUCGGGGUCUGCAGUCAGCACUGCUCCACAACCUAAGCCAGCUGACAAAAUGUCAAAGAAUAAGAAGAAGAAAUUGAAGAAGAAGCAGAAGCGCCAGGCAGAAUUACUAGAGAAGCGAAUGCAGGAAAUUGAGGAAAUGGAGAAAGAGUCGGGCCCUGGGCAAAAAAGACCUAACAAGCAAGAAGAAUCAGAGAGUCCUGUUGAAAGACCCUUGACUGAGAACCCAUCUAAUAAACUGACCCAAGAGAACCUUGAAGAGUCACGUUCCAUUGCCCAGGAUCAGACACUCACGGAGCCUGGUGGAGAGGGUGGUGCCCCGGAAGUUAAUUGCAAUGGAGUGAUUGGAGUCAUUAAUUACACUGAGAACAGUGAUAAUGAGACACUGAGGCUUAAAGAGGACCUGCAUAAUGCUAAUGACUGUGAUGUCCACACUUUGAAGCAGGAAUCUAGCUUCUCAAACUCUCCAGAUGGAGACAGCAGCAGUCCGUCUCAAGAAACAGACUCUUGCACAGCUACGGCCUCUGAGGUACCUGAGACCAUGCUGUGCCAGUCCUCUGUAGAGCAGUCACUCACCCGCCAGGACAUCACCCACCUCCAGGAGAGCAUUCGGGCGGAUACACCUUCUGGGGAUGAGCAGGAGCAGGAGCACAAUGGAGCACUGGACAGCAAAGGAAAAUUCUCUGCUGGAAGUUUUCUUAUCAAUCCCCUUGAGCCAAAAAAUGCAGAAAAGCUCAAAGUGAAGAUUGCUGACCUUGGGAAUGCCUGCUGGGUGCACAAGCAUUUCACUGAAGAUAUCCAGACACGGCAGUAUCGGUCUUUGGAAGUCCUGAUAGGAUCUGGCUACAACACCCCUGCUGACAUCUGGAGCACAGCAUGCAUGGCCUUUGAACUGGCCACAGGGGACUAUUUGUUUGAGCCUCAUUCCGGGGAGGAUUACACACGAGAUGAAGACCACAUCGCUCUGAUCAUAGAACUGCUGGGGAAGGUGCCUCGCAAGCUCAUCGUGGCGGGGAAAUACUCCAAGGAGUUCUUCACCAAAAAAGGUGACCUGAAACACAUUACCAAGUUGAAGCCUUGGGGUCUUCUGGAGGUCCUAGUGGAGAAGUAUGAGUGGUCUCAGGAGGAGGCUGCCGGCUUCACGGACUUCCUGCUGCCCAUGUUGGAGCUUAUGCCCGAGAAGAGAGCCACUGCUGCCGAGUGUCUCCGGCAUCCUUGGCUAAACUCCUAAGCCAGCCCUGCUGCCGCAGCACGGCUCAUCAGAUGGACCCUCCCUCUGGCCCACCCUCAGACUCCCCCCUCCUUUUUCAGGGCAAAGCUCUUUCUUUCAAGGGUUUCUAUUUUUUUUUUUAAUCCAACAUGUUCAUUUGGGUUUGCUUCCUUGAUCCUGUGGAAAUCCCCACAGCCAUUGGGCAUCCUAGGUGAAUUUGGCCUUGGUUGGGCUCUGCCAAAGACUGAAAGUGUGAACAGCCUCACCCUCUGCCCUGCCAUCUCAUUAGGUUGUCAGUGCCCUUUCUAAGAAGAGCUGUGAAGAUCGUGAGCCCACCCUCUUUAUUCUCUGACUCUAAGAGUCACCUUUCUCGUGCACAUCCCGCUGCCAGCACAAGGCCGAGGAGGGGAGGGGUGUGGAUUCUUCUGUGAACAGCAGAGACAUUAAAGGCGCUGUAUCCAGGCUGCAUCAUCUUCCUGGAUUCUUUCUGUGUUUUCUAUGUUCACAUUUUUUUUUUCCUGCGACUUUUAUGCUACAUUUUCGAUGAGCAUCCAUUUUGGGCACCGUUUAUCACCGUUCAAAGUGCUGUUGGAUUCCUCUCAUCUUCUCACAACUAAGUUCUGGAAUCUUGAGUCUGGUUUUUAAUGUAGACAAAAUAGAACCAGUGAAUUACAAUUCCUGGGAGCCUCAGGUGUUGUGAAAUAGUCCUGUUCUGUGUCCUGUGUUGCCCUAAGAACGGUCACUUUGGUCUGCUCCUGUUUGGUACACCCUCCUGGAGCCUUGCCUGUUCAGCUUGAGUGACGACUGUCUUGUAAUGAGCUUUGGGGUGAUCCAGACAGGAGGCGUGGGUUCCAAAGCUGUCUGGUUCAGGGGGUGUUCCCACAUUCCAAGUCCUUCCCAGACAGCUCUCUGCUUCCAUCCACAGCUUUCCUGCCUUGCCUAGAAUUCUGGCCUUGACUCAGUUUCUCCAUGUGGCUUUGCUGUUCUCAUUUCUCAGAGACUCGGGGUCUUUGAGACCCUGGGUGAGCAACCAAGGGGAGUAGAGGAUGGUGCUUUUCUCUGUUGGUUUUGACAUUGAUCAUACUAUGCUGCUAUUUCCUUGUAUAAUGUAAGGUUUUAACAUCGGUUUUGAGAUGAUUGACAUGUGCUUCAGGCUUUUCUUACUGCAGAAGGCUUUGUGAGCUUUGAUGUAGGCGUAGCCCUGCAUAGACUUGAUUACCUAAACAUCACAUGUUCCUGGGGUGAAGCACGCAUCAGCAGGACAGGAUUGGGGUCACGUGACAGCUGCGUGCAAAUGUUAGUGAGGACCAAGUGGGUCUUGAUUACAGCAUGCUGUGGAAACAGCUCCGUUUUCUAACUUUGAGAAAGCCACGGAGUUGCAGGCCAGGGCUCUCCUAAGCAAGCUGAAUGAAGCCCACCACUGCCUCCUUCCUUCCUGUAUGGAAGACUCGGGAGUCACCUCGAGAUUGGCUCACCAGCAAGCAGCUUCCUGUAACUCACCAACUUCACCUGAGGAACUGGCCAGUCAUUCAUUGGCUCUUGAUUGGUUAUCUGGAACCAGACAUGUUUCUGUAGAAAGAAUUUGAAGUCAGGCUAUCUAUGCACCUAUCAAGAAUAAAGAGAACAGAGGACAUCACAUAACGGCAGGGAAAUCCUACAGCAGUUCUAAUCCACUCUGGCUUGUCAACUCUAUAGACAUCUAAAGCAAUAGCAGACCUACCUGAAACUGCUUCUCGGCAAAUCUCAGUGGUGGGGUCAUAGGAGUCCUAGUGACAUUAAGGUAACCCAACCAAGAAACACAAGCCAACAGCAGGCCUGACUGAAUCAUUGACUCCACGGUAAAUUUUAAGUGGGGGGAGAACCUGGAACUUCAUUCUGGAAAUAAGUCCCAAAUAAGGGCUUUCCCCCUGCUGCUUGAGGAGCCAGAGAACCUGGGAAGAGUGGAAGGAGGCAGGGGCAGAAGCUGCCCUUCCACAGGCUCCUGAGCUUGGUGGAACAGUUGAUGCCAUAGAGGCCGGGUCUCACUGCUGGACUGCUGUUGGCUCCUGGUUAAGGAUACGGCCCUGAUAUGUUUUUUAUUCUUUCUACUGUGUGCGAUGUUUGUGUCCUCACAAAUGCAGAUCAAUAAACAGAGUAUUUAAUAACCUG